AUGGCUAUAUUUGCGUUAGACUCGUUCGAUCUGUCAACUGGCGAAAUAGUGUGCAACCUGUAUUUCCUAAUUUCUUGGAGAGAUGAACUCAUUGCAUGGAACCCAUUGGAGCACGGAAAUAUAACAGGUUUCACUGUACCGAAAGGCAAGCUAUGGACGCCCAAGAUAGUGCUCAAUGGUCAGACCUCCAACAGUGAAGCUAGCCUAAUAGAUAGUGAUUUCUCCCCAUCUUACGUGUGGUUCAAUGGUGAACUAUUGUUGGCACCAGCAGGCAAAUACAGAGCGCUUUGCCAACUGGAUACAAAAUACUAUCCCUUUGACAAACACUUAUGCUCAUUUGACGUAUCGGUUGAAAACCACAUGGCAACAGAACUGACACUGAACUCUCCGAUGACCAGAAUUCUUCUUGACCCAUUCCAAGGUCAUCCCGAAUGGAAAGUUAUAGCUGCGGGAGAUAAAUUGCGAUACUUCACAACUGGAAGGAUAGCGCAAUCCACGAUUUCGUUACAGCAUACAUUCUAUCUAAAAAGAAAACCAAUGUUUGAAAUAUUUUCAACACUUCUACCGCUUCUAUUUUUGAAUGUACUAAGCAUUGCUUCGAUAUACGUUAGUCCGUGUUCUGGCGAGAGAGUUUCCUAUGCAAUCACCGUUUACCUUGCCUUUGUGUUCGCUACAACUUCCCUUUAUGGUGUCCUGCCAAGAAACUCGGAGGAAAUGACCUUACCAACAAUUUUCACCUUUGUCUACAACAUAUUAAACGCAGUAAAUGUUCUUUGGAGUAUGUUUAUAGUUUGGGUAGCUGGUCUUUCGAGCGAUCGUGUUGACAAAAAUAUUCCAAACUGUUUGAAAAUACUUGUGCAGUCCAAAAAUAAACCAGACACAGUGGCAAACGUGCUAAAGUCUCUUUGGAAUCGAAACAAGGUGAGACAUUUGGACAAUGAUGGGAACAAUCAGAACAAUGAUCACGGACUUGAAAUUGAAGAAGCUGUAGAAGAUGACCAUCAGUCUGGCCAUUUCCAUGAAACUCACAAUCCGACUGGCCAUUUCCAAGAAACUCACAAUCCGUCUGGUCAUUUACAUGAAACUCAAAAUCCGACUGGCCAUUUCCAUGAAACGCACAAUCCGUCUGGCCAUUUCCAUGAAUCCACAGACGAAAUGAGGAAUAAUUUGAACGACCAUGACGUCAAUGCAGCGAAUAAAUUGAGUGGUGCAGAUAUCGCCAAAACAUUUGAUAGAUAUUUCUUUUGUGUGUCUUUGAUUUCAAACAGCACUUUUCUGAUCGCACUUGCUGUAGUGUGUUUUGUCCAUGUUCUUUAA